CUCCAUUGACGAACAACAUUUCCCAAAUGCUACCGACAUUUCUUUACUUCAUAUUGAAAACGCUGCUAUUACAAUUAUAUCCAGCUUAUAUUUCAUACAAGGCCAUAAAAUCCAGUAGCAACUAUCAGCAGCUGGCUCCGCUGCUUAUGUAUUGGAUAGUCACUGCAACCUUUCUAGUUGCAGAGUAUGUCAGCGAUAUUGUGUUGUUUUGGUUUCCCUUUUACAACGACAUCAAAGCAUUAUUGGUCAUAUGGUUUAUCUUGCCGCAGACACAGGGCUCGGUUAUCAUUUACCAGCAGGCUAUUCAACCAUUUCUAGCCCAGCAUGAAUCACGCAUCGAUAGAGCUUUAUUAGAUCUUCAGAAGCAAGCUCGGCGCACAGGCCUUGAGUAUGGCAAGCGGGGAAUCGCUAUUUUGAACAGCGCUCUAGGAGACUUGUUAGUCAAGCUGCGUGCUAUGAUACUUUCGGCUGGACCAGAAUCAGCAACACCUGCUCCUCCACCACAAACAAGUGCUUUUUCAAAGUUGCCUUCCUUUGAUAUCGCUUCUCUCACACCAUUCGCAGUCUUUUCUUCGCUUAUCAGAGACCCUAAUAGUCCAGUCAAAGAUGAUCCUUUUUUCAUUCACCCAGCAAGUCUGGGAGCACCUCCCAAAGACCAAACCGAACUAAGAUCACAGAGGGAUCACCUGGAAAAGAUGAUGAAAGAUUUGGAUGCUUUGGAGCCAACAUUACUGGAAAGAACAGAGAGCUUUGACUCCAUAGCAUCGUACGAAUCAGCCAAAAAGGUCACUCCAUCAACCAGCUUAUCUGAAGCAUCUGCGGCAGGCUGGUCCGGUUAUUUCAGUGGUUGGUGGCCGACGCCAAAGGAACAAACGGAACCAAGUAUUAAAAGCAAGGAUGAAUGAUUACAAUCAUCAUAUGUAUAGAACCCCGAACCCUUUACUAUCAACGGUCAACUCUCUGAUUUGUAUUCUGGUCUUUUGCCUAUUGUAAUGUAAUUGCCUCGUAACCUCCUUUUUCAAGCCUUCCUUUGCCGUCCAAUGAUCGCUUGACCGCCGCUAUUAUCCAAGCCAACUAAAUCUUCCUAUCUAAAUACGGAAAAUUUGCGGGUGACAAAAUGGAGAUCAAACCUUGUUACUUCUUGGUUGCUAUUGCAACACUCAUGAUUAUUGUUUGUGGAUCAGACAUAGACAACCAGCUUUCAUAUGCCUUCUGCAAUAAAUGUAUAGCGACCAACAUAUGUUUCUUCUUCAUGACUCCAUGCACAGCUUCCCAUGUGCUUCGUUUGCAACCUUGUAUUGUUUAAUCCUGCCGUGCCGUUGGUGAGUGUUCAUCCAACCCUUGGUCC